CCUCAAGGGGAAAUAGAAAAAAAAAUAAGUGCAUGCAACAUUAAUCGCAUUCCGAGGAAGAGGCUACACGUAGAUGCAACCUAUAGAGCCCGAUAAUCCUGGAGGGAGAAAAGGAAGCAGACGACGGUCUGAACGCCCUUCCCUCCCUCGGCUGCAAAUCCUCAUUCCUCAUCCUAUACCCCAGAUCACAUAUUCCGAACCUCCAGAUGAUCCGUCUCAGGAACACACCAACAACUCACUCAACUUGACACCCAAUUCAGCGGUCAAAACUGAAAACUCCUUGAGCCCGCCAAGAUCACCUAUUCGCCCAACCAGCUCACCUAUCUCACCUUUGCCGCUAACCCGAGACAUACUUCAGAAGAAGGACAAGUUAGAUAGGACCUUGGACCGAGUCGACCCCCGAAAUAGAAAGCAAGAACAAGGCAAUCAUCUGGAUAUUAGAGAAUGGCAAAAACGGGCGAAUUAUCAACAUCAUAGCCGAAGCUCUUCCGCAAAUUCUGCAUCGGAACCAGCUAGUGCAGGUGGUUCCCUGACCAUCCCAUCACCACAAGACGCUACGCAUCUUUCUUUGAGGACUCCAACCUCUCCCCAAGUCUCCAACUUUAUGUUUGAGAAUAUAUACCGGUACCCUGCACACGAUUCCUCGAUACGCAAUAGUUCUCAAUCUGGAUCGUCUAUCAAUGUCAAUCGAUGGAGUUCCUUGAUGUCUAGCAAAAGUGCACACAGUGGGUCUUCUGUUGCAGAUGACAACUUAUCAGCCGAAGCGUUCGAUCCGACCACACAUUACUACACUCAUCGAGAAGAUUACCAUCGCCAUCUCUCAGCAGAGGGCUGGUUUCAGUCCAGAGGUGACAGAGCACCCUAUAUACGACCCAGACAACAAAGUGCAACGACAUCAUCUUUUUAUGGUUGGAAAAUAUUGACCAGCAUAGCCAAUCGAGUCGUUACCUCCACAAGUUGCGAGACACGGGCGACUCUUGCAUUUAUAGCUCAAAACAAACUAUUUGGGACAUCUACGGAUUGGCUGCUUUUAACAGGAGACGAUGCUUAUUAUGCGCAGCAAUAUAGCAACAAGAAGGACAGUCCUUCUGUCAAACCAACAGAUGCAAGCAGUAUCAACACAAACGCAAAGACCUCAAGCGUUAGACACAGUCGAUCGUCCGUCGAUAAUAGUUCGAUUUUCAACCAUGGCUUGACACCGGUUGCUUCACUAUCUAAUCCAAAGUCACCCAGCAUUCAAGAUUAUCCAAAUUACAAUGUUUUCAAAAAUGCUGAACCUCUCCCUACACUUUCAGAAAAGGCAGAUAUAGUUGAAGUAGAGGAAGUCAAACAAACCCCCACGCCUUCGCCUCUUGAAGGCACAUCCUUAUUCAUUUUUUCGACACAAAACCGACUGCGACUUUUUUUGUGGCAGCUUCUAAGAUCGCAAUACGUCGAAGUCUUCGUGUUCCUUCUAAUUUUUCUGCAGUGGGUCUUAUUAGCAUCCACCCCAAUUUAUACCAACAGCGACAAAACCUCAUUUGGAGGAACCAAUAUCCAUUAUGUUCUUCUUGCCAUUCAAUGUGUAUAUAGUUUGGAAGUAAUGGCCAAGAUCAUUGUAUAUGGAUUGAUUCUUCCUCACUCGAUUACUCUAUCGAAUAACGCACAACAAAAGCAUUUAACGAUACCACUUGGUUCAUCACUGCCGGCCAGUGUACUAGGGAAAUGCCUUACUUUCUUUACUUUUGGAUUUGUUAGACCAAAGGAAGCGGACGGAACCCGGUCAUCUAAGAACUCCAACAAUCAACUUUCCCCGAUUACACCAACGUCUUUACCAAGUAAUAUGUUCAGCCCAUUGCCCACAGGAGACUUAGGCGGGUCAAAGCAUGAACCUACGGCAAUGCUGAAGCAUCGACCGUAUUUGACCAAUUUUGGUAAUUGGUUGGAUCUCAUUUCCAUCGUGUGCUACUGGAUCGAUCUGGCCUUAAUGAAGAUAGACUACAAUGACAUAUCACUGUUCAAAGGAGUAGGUGCAGCACGUCCGCUUCGUUUGGUCGGAAUCAUUCCGGGUACAGCUGUCAUUAUGCAAUCGCUGGAAGCAAGCUUACAGCUUUUGUUCAAUGUGUUUGGUUUCGUCUUCUUCUUCAUGUUGGUUUUUGCUCUCAUUGGUGUGAUGACUUAUAAAGGUGCCUUCAUGAGAGCAUGCUAUCAAAUUGAUGUGGAUGGCAAUGCGAUCUUGGCUGAACCUGCUCGAAUGUGCUCCGGUUACUACGACGGCCCAAAUUUAAUUGGUAUUUACAUACAAGAGUUAGAUGUAUACGAUUACCCUCGACCGGAUGGAUAUAUAUGCCCUACUGGCUUGGUGUGCCGUCAAGUUGCUGGAACCAAUCCGAACUAUGGUUUCCUCAAUAUGGACAACCUCUAUUUCUCUUUGCUUAAUUUGUUUACGGUCAUGUCAUUGGAAGGCUGGACGGAUAUGAUGUACGAUGCACAGGAUGGCGAAUCCACAACAGCGGCGGCAUUUUUCACUUUUGCUGUUUAUAUCCUUAGUUUUAUUAUGAUUCCGUUGUUUAUCGCUGUUAUUACCACGUCCUUCGCCCAAGUCAGAUCUGAAAGCAGAAUGUCGGCAUUCACAGCAAAGAAGAUAGCGCAUCCCAUACUACUACCAGCUGAUCAGGUCGACGAUAGUUUCUGGACAUAUGGUCAGGCCGAUCUUUCUCGGCUACGCAAUACCGCCGUUGCAAAGCAGUAUCUUUCUUCCAUUGUGAACAAUUGGAAAUUCACUUAUUUUGGUGGACUUUUGGUACUCUGCAAUUUGGUCAUCAUGGCUUGUCGAUCUAUAUAUGCGUCUGACUAUACAUUGGAAGCUAUCGAUACGGCUGAAAUUAUAUUCAGCUUUAUAUUCGCUAUUGAAAUCUUUCUUCGUCUACUGGGUUCGCGAACCUGGGUGCAAUUCUGGAUGUCAGGACGUAACCGUUUCGACUUAUUCCUUGUUGUUGCUACGUGCAUCAUCCAGUUACCCAUGAUACAAGGAUCACCAGCAUACAAGUACCUCACGAUAUUUCAAUGUUUACGAUUUUAUCGAUUGAUAUUAUGCCUACCCCGUGUUAGACGACUAUUGUCAUCGGCUAUUGGAUCAGGUGAAGGAGUCAUUAAUGUUGGACUCUUUCUAUUGUGGUCUACUGCUCUGUUUGCACCUAUAUCUAUGCAGCUGUUUGGUGGAGACUUUGGAUACAUGGAUUAUGACGAAACCGAACUGCGCUUUGAUACCUUUUUGCAGGCGUUUUUGAGUCUUUUUGAUUUAUUCACAAGCGAGAACUGGACAGAUGUGCUAUAUAAUGCUAUGGAAAGUCAAUACGAAGCGUCUGCUAUAUACGCAGCCUUGUUCACGGUCGCCCUAUAUUGCUUCUCUCACUACAUUAUUCUCAACUUGUUCGUUGCUGUGAUUCUCGAGAAUUUUGAACUCGAUGAAGACAAGAUUAGAGUAGCACAAAUCAAAAGCUACUUCAGACGGCACAGGCCACCAGAAUCAGAAAUUAGAAAAGGAAUCCUUGACAAGAUUCUUGAGCCACUGCAACAAAAUCGCUUGAAGCGACAACUUAACGUGGAUAACCUUCCCCGCGACUUUCAUUUGAACGUUCAAAAAUCCAUGUUCCAAGAUAUCCUCUUUCCAAACAAGGAUGCUACCAAAGACAUGAAAAAUGCGAAGAAAUUGCCUUCAAACUGGAUUUCUAAAAAAGUCAAUGAAUACUUUUUUGCGCCAGCGCAGAAUCCAUAUAGCCAGAUGGAAGAUCAAUUUCUAGACGAGCCAACUGACGACUAUGAACUGGUUGUAGCUGAAGAGAAUCGUAGCGCAAAGCAAGACAAUAUACCAACCCUCCCAUCCUUGUUCUUCUUUUCGCCUAACAAUAGAUUUCGACGGUGGUGCAAACAAUUGGUCGGAUCAAGCUCUGGUAAUGAAGCAGAAAGAAAAUCGCUUUUCAAUUGGUUCAUUAUGGCAUGCGUCCUAGCCAGUAUCUUCAUCGUCGUUCUAGACGAACCGGCGGCCAGGAAAUUGCAACAGUACAUCAUUUCGCCCUCUGCGUAUGACGCCAUCGACUAUACCCUGACCGCCAUCUUUGUACUGGAAAUCAUUAUCAGAAUUAUCGCCGAUGGGUUUGUUAUGGUUCCGGAUUCGUACCUUCGAGAUCCCUGGAAUCAACUGGACUUCUGCGUAGUCAUUCUCACUGUCGCAACUGUGUUCGGUGGAGCUUCCCAAGUCCCAAGAACCCUUCGUACCGUCCGAAGUUUCCGUAUCCUUCGCUUGAUCCGCUAUUUUCCCGGUGUCAGACACAUCUUUGCUGAUCUGCUUCACGGUUUCCCUCUCAUGGUAGACGCCCUCAUUCUGACCAUGUUAGUGCUGGUUCCGUUUUGUAUCUACGCUGUCAACAUCUUUGGAGGAAGGUUCUUCCUUUGCAAUGACAAUAGUGUUGGUGGAUUAUCGGAGUGCAAUGCGGAAUUUCUAAAUCCCAUAGGUGACGAUGUGAACUCUCCGAGCAUACUUAUACCUCGUGUGUGGGCAAAUCCGUAUGGAUACGAUUUCGAUACUUUUCCCAGUGCACUACUUCAUUUGUUCGAUUUGACUUCUACUGAAGGCUGGAUUUUGACGCUGUUUAGCGCAAUGAGCACACCAACCGAGGCUGAUGUACAACCUGUAUUUGAUUGGACUGCAAGCACUGUGUACCAUAGUUUAUACUUCGUGAUCUUUAUGGUCGCGGCUCAUGGCACUGUCCAACUCUUUGUUGGUGUUAUUCUGGAGAACUUUAAGCAAAGAAAUGGUAUUUCUACGCUGACUAUUCCCCAGCGCCAGUACUUGGAUCUUCGAAGACAGUUGGCUCAAGUCAAACCUACUCGCAAGCCAGUACGCCCAACAAACCCUAUACGAAGCUUUUGUUACGACCUUGUCAUCAAUAAGCAGGGUCUUUUCCACAAGAUUAUGGUGGCCAUUGUCAUGCUUAAUAUUGUCGUUAUCUGUACCGAGUACCAAGACGAGCCUGUGAUCUUGAGUCAAGUCCAAGACUAUCUCUAUGUUGCAUUCAUCUUCUGCUAUUUGUGCGAAGUGUUGAUCAAGCUAAUCGGAUUAGGGUGGAGAAAGUGGAUUCAAAACAAAUGGAACAGAUAUGAUUGUGUCAUUGUGAUCUGUACGAUUACAAUGUGCAUUCUACGCUUCACGUUGGAAAAUCUUUGGACCCAGCGAUUGGAACAAUACUUGCUUGUUUUAGUAUCGAUGAGACUGGGACAAGGAUUUUCAUCGUUACAGACCUUGUUCCAUGCAGUGCAAGCUUCUUUGCCGUCGAUUUUGAACGUUUCUGCCAUCUUCAUGAUGGUGAUGUGUUUAUUUGCUAUGCUGUUUAUGGAGUUCUUUGGACUGACCAAGUACGGGCCAUAUGGAACCGACCAUGCCAACUUUAGAUCGUAUGGCAACUCGCUACUUACACUGGUCCGCAUGACAACUGGUGAAAAUUGGGAUUUCUUGAUGCACGAUUUCACUGUAUCGGCACCUAACUGCGUAUCAGCGGACUCUGCGGACUUUUUGGACAGUGAUUGUGGUAGCCCAGCAUGGGCAUACCUUCUAUUUAUUGUCUUUUACAUUAUCUGCACGCACAUUUUUCUCAAUUUGUUCACUGUGGUCAUCAUAAGCAACUUCCAAUAUGCAUACGAACACACAGCUCGGUUUACGCUGAUUACGAAAACUGAUCUUCAGAAGUUCAAGCAAGCGUGGGCUGAGGUCGAUCCCAAAGGAACAGGCUAUAUAUCGAAAACCAAGAUAGCCGCAUUGUUUCGACACUUGCACGGACGCUUUGAUUUGCGUAUUUAUUCUGAAGGCUUUAGCUUGCAAGACCUUCAGGCCCUGGCAAAGAAAGAAUUCGACGACAUUGGUGAUGAGAAAGCUACAUCACUAUAUACUAAUCCAGAACUGAUGGAACUUCGCUACCGCUACGAUGAAGUCAAUGCUAGACUUUCUCUUUUGGACUUGAAGGCAACAGAACGCAGGCGCAAACAGUACAAUUUGCUAUACACCGAGCUUUUAUGGACACAAACUUCGAAAGGAAUAUCGUUCGACAGCGCAUUGCUAGUCAUGGCGUAUCGUUUCAUUGAUCCGCAAGAGUUUCUAACACUUGAUCGACUACUCGACCGGCUCGAAAAGUUAGAGAAAAUUGAGAGAAACUACGCGAUUGAAAAAGUGAGAGGAUAUUUCUUGACCUUAGCAGAAAGGAAACGAUAUCUUCGUAAACUUUGGGCAAAGGCCAACGAAGAGGAAAUUCGACGUCUCAGUAUCCUUCAGCCUAACGAUAGCAACUUCCCGAAUGAGGUAUCCAAACUACUUGCACAAGCCUCCGUCGAGAAACCCAUCAUCCCCAAGAUUGUUAUCAACAGCGACAUGCUUGAUAACCAAACCAGUUAUGGAGACUCGGCAUCUCUUUCACCCUACCCAGUUUCCCCUGGCAGUGGAUCGUACGAUAACGCGCCACUAUCCCCAAAUUUCCAUUGGUCAACGACCACCGCAGGCAGUCCCUAUAGUGAAAACGCUGGUAUGCAUAGCCCAUCGGUUCGCCAUGAUGGGCCACUCACACCGUCAUCACCCGCAUCCUAUAUAGCAAGCCAAGAAGGCAGUUCAUAUUCUCAUGAUAGUGAAGCUGACAUGUUGGUAGACAACUUCAACACUAGUGUUUGGUCAGACUUGCUCCGAAAUGAGACAGAUGUCACCUAAUAGAAUUGUAAAUUAUCUCUUGUAAUCAACCAUGAAAAAUGUACCUAUACCCCUGACAAAGUGACAACGUAGCAUCAUAAAACAUUUUUUUGUAACCAUA